GAUGCCUGUGUGCAGCAGAGGCGGCGAGAGAGGGACACAAGGUUUAUCAGCAGCUCUCAGUGGCAGCUUAGCAGAACUGACCCUCACACCGGAUCACUGCCCUGCAGACAUGAUGUCUAUAAGUGCAUGCACAUGUAAUUAUUAAGUGUUCCCUGCAGUGUGUCUUUUACUCAGACCACCUUAUGUGAUUGCUGUCUGCUCCACACAUCUGGCUUCGCUGGAGGAGCUGUCCGCAGUGCUGAACUCACCAAGCCCAUCUCUGCUUUGGAUUUCAAAGUUUGUUGAAUGCAAGGAGCUAUGAGAGACCUGGAUAAAACUAAUGGAUAAUCGUGGGGCUUUAUAUGUUGUGCGUGAUGACUGGGAAAUCACAGCUACAUACAAGGAUUUCCUGUCCUGGAUUUCACAGCCCAAGAGCAAUUCUAACGGUGCCAAGUAUUUACCCUUGUGAGCCUUGGUAUCAGCUAAAAAAAAAACUAGUGCCAUACAUGAUAGGUUCCCCUGAUUUUUACAUUUAGGAGAAUUCUAAGAGAAAACAAAUGAACAUUUUUCUGGUGUCUUCUGGUGUAGUCAUGACAAGAGCUACUUAAAGUCUUUAUCAGAUUGUUUUUCGUUUGGGAAGACAGACUACAAAACAUUCCACAGAUCAUGUGCUUUAGAUCCCCCCUUCACUGACCUGCUGAGUGGACAGACUGAUCAUUGUGUAGUCUUCAGUCCCUCAUGCCUGGAAAUCAUCUAAGGAGGACCAGUAAAUUAAGAGUAGAAACUGCAGCGGGGAAAUUCAGCACACAGCUAAUGACAGUGCCAGGGUAAUCAGUCCAAAGGCUUUAUUUGUAGCUCAUAUACUCUAAACACUGAGACAGUUGGCAGAAGAAGGAUAUUUUUCAGCACCUUCAGUUCCCUAAAUGCUUUUCACUGUCAUGGCAAUCUGGCUUCACGAAGAAGGGAGAAUGUCUUUCCCUAUUUGAAGUGUGUGGGAGACAACUAGUUGCUUGUGUGUUAUUAUCAUGCAGGCAAUUAAGGAGGUUUCUGUUGCUGAUUUACAAGGUGAGCAAGGAGUGUAAUAUACCCAUAUUAAACUAAGAAGACUAUUACUUUUUUGCCCAAGAUAUUGUCAUACAUAUUGUAAAAAGUAAUAAGAUUUACAUUAUAGAGACAGCAGUGUUUUUUUGACAUGGGAAACUGAAUUGAUAGGGUUCAUAUUGGGUUCUGUCUGUGAAACUAAACGGAUUUCUCCACAUUGCCCAAGGUCCUGCAGCAAGCCCUGUUCUUUCUAGGUUUUUGCAUUUUCAGCUAGAAUUCUGGGUAUUCCACUGACUGAAUGAAUGAGGGGGUGGUGGUACCCAGCUGUGCUGCCGAUGCCCAGAGUGAAAUGCCCCCCUGCUGGUGAGUCCCUGGGGGUGUGUCAUGACCCGAGAAGAGAGGAUCCGGGCUCCAGCUGCCAGCUGCCCUCCAGAAGCAGUCAGAAGAGAUGCCCAGGUGGUGCCACCGCCAUGCUAUGUCAGGACACAACAACGCCGUGCCUUAUUACUGCCCUCCCUGGAGCGCACCAAGCUGCAUGGCCUGAGAUACAUAUGCUCACCAAGGUUGGCAUUUCAACGACGUGCAUUAUGGUUUCUUGCGUUCUUCACAUCACUGGGACUCUUACUCUCUUGGUCAUCCAACAGGCUGCUUUAUUGGCUGUCCUUUCCUUCACAUACCAGGGUACAGCUGGAAUGGAGCAAGGAACUGGCCUUUCCAGCUGUUACCCUUUGCAACAACAACCCUGUCCGAUUUCACCGUCUCAGCAAAAGCGAUCUCUACUUUGCAGGCUACUGGCUGGGGCUACUUUUAGCCAAUCGUACAGCUCGACCCCUGUUGGCAGAGCUACUGCCAGAGGACAAACAGAAAUGGUUUCACAAACUUGCCGAUUUUCGACUUUUCCUACCACCUCGGGACUUUGAUGGAAUAAGUGUCGGAUUCAUGGACAGGCUGGGCCACCAGCUGGAGGACAUGCUGCUUUCUUGUAGAUAUCGGGGAGAGGCCUGCGGCCCACACAACUUCUCCACUGUGUUCACAAAAUAUGGGAAAUGCUACAUGUUUAAUUCGGGACAUGACGGUCGACCUCUGCUCACCACUGUAAAAGGAGGGACCGGAAAUGGACUAGAAAUAAUGCUCGACAUCCAGCAAGAUGAAUAUCUUCCCAUCUGGGGUGAGACAGAAGAAACCACUUUUGAGGCCGGAGUAAAGGUUCAAAUACACAGCCAGUCUGAGCCUCCUUUUAUCCAGGAGUUGGGGUUUGGUGUGGCCCCCGGAUUCCAGACCUUUGUGGCAACACAAGAGCAGAGGUUGACCUACCUCCCCUCUCCAUGGGGUAUUUGCCGUGUCUCUGAACUGGGCUCGGACUUUUUCCCAGUAUACAGUAUCUCAGCUUGUAGGAUUGACUGUGAAACCAGAUACAUUGUGGAGAACUGUAACUGCAAAAUGGUACACAUGCCAGGUGACGCUCCGUUUUGCACCCCAGAGCAGUACAAGGAGUGUGCCGAGCCUGCACUGAGUUUAUUAACGGAGAAGGAUGGAGGUUACUGUUUGUGCACAAUGCCAUGUAAUCAUACCAGAUACAACAAGGAGCUGUCCAUGGUAAAAAUCCCCAGCAAGACAUCUAUCAAGUAUCUGGAGAAGAAGCUGAACAAGUCAGAGAAGUACAUUUCGGAGAAUAUCCUUGUUCUGGAUGUGUUCUUUGAAGCUUUGAAUUAUGAAAUUAUAGAGCAGAGAAAAGCAUAUGAGGUGGCUGGGCUGCUUGGUGACAUUGGAGGUCAGAUGGCACUGUUUAUAGGAGCCAGUAUCCUGACUAUAUUGGAGCUGUUUGAUUACAUCUAUGAGCUGAUUAAGGAGAAGCUGUUAGAUCUGCUGGGCAGGGAGAAUGAGGAAGGAGGACGUGCAGAGGAUAUGAGUACCUGUGAUAACAUGCCAAACCAUUCAGAAACCAUUAGCCACACUGUGACGGUACCACUGCAGGCCACGCUGGGAACACUGGAAGAAAUUGCCUGCUGACGCCUUGAAAACACUUAUUCUUUUAUUUUGUGCCAAAAGUGUAGCGGACACAGCAUGGUGGGCAUAGAGUGAUACUCACCAUGAACCCUGAGAGAACAAUGAGGGGACGGACAUGGAGAAAAAUCUGUAUACUGCCAACUGUACACAGCCCUGCAUGCCUGCAGUGUAUAUGGCACUGAUCCUCAUAUGAUAUUUGAGGAAAUCCCCUCACAGACACACAAUGCACACACAUUGCGUUAUGUCCAACUACAGUACGUGUGCUAAGCGGGUUCAACAUGGUUUGUUUUUUCUAUAUAAAAUAAAAUAAAAUAAUAAUAAUAAAAAUA